CUUGUCUAAAAUAGCUUAUCUUAUCUACCGUGAGUAAUUGAAUGGUGUAUGCUGGAUAAAACAGUUGUGAAAUUAGUGCUGUAAUCUUAUCACCUGCAAUAUUCUCUGACACACAUUCACCACACCUAGAGUAAGGAAUAGGCAGUUGUGGAGCUGAACUGUAGAGCUAUGGAACUGAGGGUGAUUUUGGUGCAAGUGAUAACAAUUUGGAGUAUAGGCUAUUGUCAGGCAAAUACAGGGAACAAUGUUGGUGCUCAAGUCUCGCAAUGUUACAACAAUACGGCCCUGCCAGGUAUAACAACGGCAAACGAAAGACCGCCGGCCAGUUUAAACUUGUUUAUUGAAUUUAUCCGAAAACUGGAAGAUGCCAAUCCCACUAUGACCCCUAGAGAAUUAGCUCUUCACAUACUGCACAGAUUACGCCAAGAUGGAAUCACCCAGACUGGAAGAACAAUUGAUGAAAGAUUCGGACUGGCAUAUUCCGCAAGUAGACCAGAACGGUACAAGUUCAGAGUUCUGCUUCAAAGUUUGCUCCCAAACGCUGAACAAACCUUAGCAAGUGGGCAGCUUUCCGAUUUUGAAAGAUGCUCCUUACAUUACCUGAUAUCGAACACAAUAGCCGAUAUGCAACGAGAAAACGAAGCGCUCGAAUGUUCCAGAUCAUCUAGAUAUACUUUGCGAAUCCAUCACAGACGUCGUAGAGAAGAUGAUGAUACGGAGGAUACUGAAUUAGUCAAUCAAGACUCUGGUGGUAAUUUAGGACUGCUAUCCACGAAUGUAGCGAGGAAUUUAAGUCAGUGUCCGAUUGAGCUGGGUGUUGUACAGACACAAUCAGGAACCAUUAAAGCUGGCAAUGUCCUAGCUGGAAUUGCAGCUGGUUUGAACCCUCAAACCGUAGGAAAUGGUACUGUUGAUAACAGAUAUGCUGCCACAAUCAUAGGGGAAUUGGCCGAAGCUUCACUCUAUCAAGCAGAUCCAACUAUUAGCCUGGGAGCGUCCGGAGGCUGGAACAGCACAAUCAAUCCCAAGUACUUUUUCUUGCAAAACAACAACCUCCUCCAGGCGACAGACGCGGAACUAAGAGGAGCAUUAGAUGGACUUUACAUCAGUCUAAGAAUGACCAACUUGACCUCAGCCUUUGCAGACUUGAAAAUAUCCCAGAUUAUUGACAUGUAUUACUCGCCAUACGAUAAGGGGGUUUUCGACAGUUCUUUCAAAGCUUGCAACAGAAACAUCCUCUAUACGGAAAUGACCACCAGCGAAACAAUGCGAACUCAAUUGCUGAACUUUAUGCCUCUGUUAAACACCGCAGCCUUAUCUGGCAUAUCGCUAACUCGAGAUGCUUUCGAGGUGCUUUCUAAUUCUAGCAUUUCCGCGUUUGGUUCCUAUUUACCCCAAAUGACUUCAGCAGAUUUGACUUGCGCAACCAAUUUGUCGAUUGAACGAGUCAAAACUGAUCUUCUCAUCUUCAUUGAUUCUGGAUGGCAAUUCGGCACACUUCAAUCGGUUUUGUCGUACAUUUUGAACAACAUCGAUGUAAACCCAUUUCAAUCAAAAUAUACGCUCUAUGGGGGAACUAGCCUGAGGAACUUGACUGCAAAUGGAACAAGCUACUUAUCCGAUUUUUUCCUUCAGUACAACCAAACCGUGCAUGCUAAUGAAACUGCUGGAUUUAAUUACGUGGAUAUAUUCCAAACAUUGGAAAGCUAUGGAUACCAAAAGUUGAACGACGCCAGUUAUGCGGGGGGAGAAAGCACAGUAGCGUUACUGGUUCCGAGAACCAGCCUAACUGAUGACCAGAGGACGUUUUUAACUCAGAGGAGACAAGUUUUUAACGCCUAUUUGCCAGAUGUAAACUUUUUGGUACUGGGCAGUGGAGCGGCCAGCGACUACUCGACCAUCGUUUCCAAUACUAGAGACGUGGUUAUUUUGCAAGAUACUAUUGUUGAGGAAACUUUAAUCAGUCUCGGUCAACAAGUGGUGAACAAUAUCAAAGAUGUUCCAAGGGCUCUAGUAAACCCUGCAUGCACCUCUCAGUUUACUGGCGCCAGCAGCACCUUCUUCAUAACGGGUUAUGUGGAACCCAAUGGUAUAAACUACUAUCGGAUUUCGCCCAAUUAUUUCUAUUCAGGCGGCGACACCAGGAAUCUUAUCCUAAGGGAACAGGGACAUGGUGCGGUCAGUAUUUGCAUCGCCAGAGGAACCAGGCCGGACAAUUCCACGGGAGAUAACUGCAGAACUCUUUCAUCAGCGGAAGAAGCAAUCGACAUUACCAGCUAUUGCGAUGGUAAUUCAGUAACCGAAUGCCAACCAAUUUUCCUGUCAGUUGCUGGUGUGAGUUCAAACAUCGUUUGCUCUGCCGCUGCCUGUCGCUACCCCAAUGACAUUGCAUAUAGCAUUACAAUGGAAAAUGUAGGCUGCAAUACGAGUGGAUCGAUAGCUGCAACUGCUAGUGUGAUUUUGGUGAUUUUGCUUUGUGCUUUGGCACGAUUUUCGUAAACUUUGAGCAACUAAAACACACUUUUUUUCGUCGAGUUAAAUUAAUUUUGCUCGGAAAAUCAAGGAAAUUACAAAUAUUUAUCCUGCAAAUUUAGACGCACCGAAGCAAAGGGUUUGGAGUUUAUUCUUGAUGUACAACUAAUGAAAUCACUUGCCAGAGACGAACAAUUUAAUUUGCUGCUGAAAGUAUGUUUGACAUUUUCGUUGCCAACUAGGUAGUGUUUUUACCUUUUUUGUUACACCGCAUUCCUUUUUUUUUAGCGAUUUAGCUGUUAUGUUUUGCCAUAAUUUUCCAUAAAUAAUAUAUUUAAUAAAUAAUCUAUUACUGCCCUUUUAGGACUGUACAAAUUUAAUAAAAUAAGUUUUAGCUUUA